CGGGAGAGACUGAGCUGCCAAGGUCACAAUGUGGCAAUACCAAUGCUGCCAGACAAGUGUUUAGGUCUCAGUGUAGAUUCUCAGGGGAGUAUGUACAGGACAUUUCAGAGGAGGAUAAUUUAAUCACCUCAGCAGGGCCUGUGGGGAAGUCUCAGCCACUAAUAUCUGGAUAAAUACAAGGAUCUAUUGACUGCUGUUAUACCUGAAGACCUGGGACUCAUCUCUUGUUGGAUUAACUCUUGAGGGCCUCUUCAACAGGAAGCAGCAGCUGCUUUGACUGGGCAGCCCUGCAGGAACCAGAGCACCGCCAUAUGCUGAUCAAAGACUGCAAAGAGGGGUCUCCCCGCCACCGUCGCCACAUGUCAAGCCCCCUCUCCCUUCACAAGCAGCUCAGCAAACUUCCCCCCAAAGACGUCUUCAAUGACAUGAUGUUUAUGGUCGGAGGAUGGACCCAGGAUGACCCAUCCUGUUUGGUAGAACAGUUCUGUCCCGAGUACAAUGAGUGGAGGACAGCAGCACGCAUGGUCAACAGUCGUGGCAAAGUGGCCGUGGGCACACUGGAUGGCAAGAUCUACACAGUGGGCGGGGAAGAUAACAUCCGAUGUUACAGCAGUGUGGAGAGGUACAACCCAGACAUGGACAGCUGGAGUACAGAUGUAGCACCCUUGAGCAGCCCCCGCAGCGGAGUGUGUCUGGUGGCGAUGGACGGAUACCUGUAUGCUAUUGGAGGACAUGACGGCAUUACUGCCAUAAAUACUGUGGAGAGGUAUGACCCGAAAAUGAACACAUGGAGCAAGCAGACAGCCAUGCCGACCAGGCGCACCGGAGCUGUGGCUGCUGUGCUGGAGGGUUACUUGUAUGUGAUCGGGGGGAAUGAUGACGAUAUGGCUCUGAACACAGUGGAGCGAUACAACCCUGUAGACGGUACCUGGUCGAUAUGCGCCCACAUGCUGAGUCCCAGGGAGAACGCCGGCUGCACCGUUUACCUGGGACACAUCUAUGUGGCCGGGGGCAAAGACGAGCUCAACUUGAAGCUCUGCAGUGCUGAGAGGUUUGACCCGGACACUAUGAGGUGGACUCCUGUCAAACGUAUGAGGAGCAAGAGGGAUGAUAUGUCCCUUGUAGUCUUCAACGGUGCCUUGCUGGCUGUGGGAGGCUCUGACGGUGUCACCAAUCUGAAAACAAUAGAGGCUUACUGUCAUGAAACUAACACAUGGAGACACUUUGGAAGCAUGAAGAGCAAGCAUCCAGGAGGCAGAGUGGCUGUGCUGUGCUGAGCCUCGACAAUGCUUGUAUUAUAUGAACAGGACAGAGGUGUUAGAGAGAAAUAGCCUAAUGGAUGUAAGCCAGGCUCUGGGACACAUUGUGAUAGGCUUCAAGUAAGGCAGCAUAAUGACUGAAUAAUUGAAGAGUUCACUCCAAAAUGAGACAUCGCUGCAUUAGUCAAAGCUGGCAGGGGCUGUUAUACAAAAUGACUACGAGCAUUAAAUUAAAGCACAUUAUAGGCUACCAGGUUACCAUUAAA